AUGGCCCUCCCCGUCCAAGCUGCAGCCCGCUGCUGCAGACACUUCUCCGGCUCUGUCCGCCCGUCCUCCCUGCGCAUCGCGACCUCCGCUACAUAUCUGCCCACAGCCCGCAGCACGCCCAGCAGCCGGCGAUGGGAGUCGACCGAAGCAGCUGCCGCUCCGGCGAACCCGAAGAUCGCGCCAAUUGUUGAUCAGAUCAGCCAAUUGACGCUGCUGGAGACGGCGGACCUGGUGUCUACUCUCAAGACCCGCUUGAACAUCCCCGACAUGCCUGUGGGCGGCUUCGCCAUGGCCCCCGGCGCCGGAGCCCCCGGUGCCGCCGCACCAGUGGAGGAGGAAGAGGCCGCGCCCGCGGCGGCCGAGAAGACACUGUUCAACUUGAAACUGGACUCGUUCGAGGCGGCUUCUAAGCCCAAGGUCAUCAAGGAGAUCAAGACCCUGCUCGGUCUGUCGCUGGUGGACAGCAAGAAGUUCGUCGAGGCCGUGCCUAAGGUCAUGAAGGAGUCGGUGCCCAAGGAGGAGGCGGAGAAGAUUAUUGAGACGCUCAAGGGACUUGGCGCGAAGGCGACCAUGGAGUAA